AUGGGCACUAAGCAAUUACCAUUUUAUAGAGAUUUAAAUAACAACAUAAUCAUAUUCAUGGAAAUGAAAACUGUAGUAUUGCAUCAGAGAAAUGCAACAGAGAGUAUGUGCAGUGAAAGUUUAUUAAGUAAUCUUGCACAUGACGUGACUUCUAUGACUUUGUUCUCUGUAAAUGACUGUAGACAUAAAGUUAAAGAAAAUAAUGGUAAUAACUUUAAUAACAUGUGGAUAAAUAGCUAUAAAGGUAGGUUUAUCAAUAAUAAAGUGAACUCUAACAAUAACGUUGAUGACUGCAAUGAGAUUAUAGUGUCGAACAUAUCUUCAAUAAAUGAUAAUGAAGAUGAUGUUGGUAUCCAUAAUGAUAAUGUUGAUGAUGACGAUGAUGAUGAACUUACAAAUGUUGAACGUGAUUGGCGUGACUGCAAGGAUUCACUGAAUUUAAUGGAUAUUCCGGAUGUGGAUGGUGCUUACAUCCUGGCGUAG